AUGGUCGGAGCAGUGUUCGCUUGUCUCGGAGUAGAAGUUCUCACAAAGCUGCAAAUCGAUGAUCCAGUCAGUUGUGUCAGCGUGCAUGCAAUAAGCGGAGCAUGGAGUCUCCUUUCUGUUGGUAUUUUCAGUCAACAAGAUAUCAUCAUCCACGAAGACAAUCGAUUCAAUAUUAAUGAUGGAUUAAUUUGGGGAGGCAGCGGUGAACAGUUGAAAGUGCAGUUGCUUGCUGUAGUAGCGAUAGCUGCGUGGUCUUUGUUGAUGUCAUUCAUAUUUCUCAAGUUGGUCACACUGACGUUGAUUGGUAACAAAUUUGAUGAGUCUUCAGAAAUCGAAGAGCAACCUCUCAGUUCUUUCAACGAAAAUUUGCGUUUACAAAGAGGAAGACCAGGAUCUCGUCGUUGUUCACGAUUACUCGGUUCACGUUUCUACAUGACCAGCAAGUGUUAUCCACCAUUUGGUAAUGAAGACACAUUAGAGGAGUCUGGUAAGCUACACUCCCCAAAAUGUCGUCGGAAAACCUUCUUAGGAACGAUCCAACAAUUUCGUCAAAUUGGUCAACGUAACGCCAACAGUCGAGAUUCGGGUUUAAGUGCCUCAAAUUGUCAUUCAACUCAAAUGCUGACGGUUGGAAGCAUAGACUGCACACCUUAUAUUUCCGAAAGGGGAACAGAUGCCUUUACCGUUGAUAAUGAAUUGACACAUCGAAACUCGUGGAUGCUCCAUCAGAAUCAAGCUAUGGUUCGUAGAGAUUCUAGUGAGGAAGCGUCCAUUUACCAGAGUUACACAAAUCCUCUGUUUAAAUCUCCUGCUCGUAUAAGUUAUUUGUAG